UAUCCGCUGGACACGUACACCCGUCGUAGGUUAACCCCCAGGAUUGUGUCGCCCUGUUCGAUUCUUGUUGUGAAGACUUCGCUACACAAGCACAGCCAUGGCCAAACCAAAGAUGUUCCUGGACAUGUCUAUAAGCGACAAGCCAGUCGGACGUGUCGUGAUUGAGAUACGACUUGACGUCGUACCGAAGACAGCAGAGAACUUCCGUUGUCUCUGCACCGGCGAGAAAGGGUUUGGCUACAAGGGGUCCAUCUUCCACCGCAUCAUCCCCGAGUUCAUGUGCCAGGGUGGAGAUUUCACUCGUGGAAUCGGAACGGGUGGAAAGUCCAUCUACGGUGGCCACAAGUUCAAGGACGAGAACUUUGAACUGAAACUUGAAGCAGAAGGCACCGUUGCCAUGGCCAACUCUGGACCCAACUCAAACGGAUCGCAGUUCUUCAUCACCGUUUGCGAGGCAAACUGGUUGAAUGGACGACACGUGGUGUUUGGGAAGGUUAUUGAAGGCAUGGAUAUCGUAAAGAAGAUGGUUGCUUGUGGUUCUGAGCACGGAUUGGUUCAGAAAGGAAAAGAAGUGAAAAUUGUUGACUGUGGACAGCUGUCGUGAUGAAGGGUGCUGCAUACAACAUUCUGGACUAGACUUUAGGUCACAUGCAUGAUUGACCUGUUUGUUUUUUAGAUUUCUGCCAUACGUACGUUUUUCUACCAAAGACGCCGAAGUAACUACGCAUGCGCAAAGUUACAGCGGCGCGCGCAAGCACGUGGAUUUAAUUAGCCAGCCAAUACCAGUUGUCUUGCGCGGUCAGGUUGUCAGUGUCUUUAUGCGGAUAGUUUUUCCUGCUGUUCAUCUUCAAAGAGGACUUCGCUACGCCAGUACAAUCAUGAGCAGACAAAGGGUGUUCUUCGAUAUCACCAUUGGCGGGAAGGCGGCCGGGCGUGUUGUCAUGGAGCUGCGAGGGGACGUCGUGCCUAGGACAGCAGGUAAGGCUAUUAGCGACUUCGCGCGGUUUUGAGACUGCGUUUAUUUCGUGUCACCCAUUCACCCCAAAAUUUUCGUCUUCCCAGUUCAUCACACAAUUGUUUUGGGUAUGUACGUAGCAAAAUGUUGCAACAACACGACUUACCCUGCCUCUCAUGGGCUUCACCACGAGCUACACACUGCCCACGGCUGACUCUAAAUAAUGCCCAUCUCUCCAUUGUAUAAUAUGACUUUAGCAUGCAGCAAACUGUACAGUUUCCAAUCCGACUUGUGUAGUUUAUGGUCAGUCUGACUACAGAAAACUUCCGUGCCCUCUGUACCGGCGAGAAAGGGUUUGGCUUCAAGGGGUCAAAGUUCCACCGCAUUAUCCCCGGCUUUAUGUGCCAGGGCGGUGAUUUCACCCGUGGAAAUGGUACUGGAGGCAAAUCCAUCUACGGUGAAAAGUUUGCUGACGAGAACUUCCAAUUGAAGCACACCGCGAAAGGCACUUUGAGCAUGGCCAAUUCUGGGGCCAACACAAACGGAUCGCAGUUUUUCAUCUGCACUGCCAAGACCACGUGGCUGGACGGAAAGCACGUUGUUUUCGGGAGCGUUGUUGAAGGCCUAGAUGUUGUGGACGAGAUGGAGGGUGUUGGCUCACGGGAUGGCCCAACAUCGAAGCCAGUUAUGAUUGCUAACAGUGGCGAGCUGUAAAGAAAUCAAGAAACAGACUGACAUGACUUUAGUUGCUUUUUCGAACUAAGAUUUUUUGGACCAUUUAGCUGUAUUAUAGUGUUUUGACUGCUAGCUUGUUUAGGAUGUCAAUAAUUCCGUUGAAAGUAGUUUUUUUGACCAGCUAUAGAUACUCAUUUUG